AUGACAUCUACGCCAUCUUCAGAAGUUGAGAAGGACCUUCACAAGUCCAACAUCAAAGCGUCGGCAGAGGUGCUGAUUGAGGAAGCGAACUCCAUCAAUCGCCGCCCGCACCUCCUCCUUUGCAAAUAUUUGCAUCUCAUCUUCUUUCCAAUGUUUUUCACUACUCGAGAACUCAAUCCGUGCAUUGGCUUCAUUCGGGUGUUGUCGGAAAUGUACACUAAGUCCACGCUGCCUGGAAUGGGCGGUACAUCAGCAAUGUCAGAAGUUGAACAAACUCUUAGCAGUUUAAAUGGUUAUCAUGAUGAUAUUUUAGAAGCCUUAAGAAACGCGCAUCGAGAUCUAACUAACCAUCCAUCUGAUACAAAUGAUAUGAUUGAUGAUGGAACUCUCAGAAAAUCUGUAAUAGAUCGAGGCUUUAAUGAUCAAUUUAAAAAAAAACGAAUGAGUAGAGACCACAUAGAUGAUCAUGAAGUUGAUGAUGAUGAUGACAUUCCGCCGUCAUGUGGUACGAUAAGAAUUCGUACUUUAGAAGACAUAAUACGCCAGCUUGAGCAUCAUUCAACUCGUCAUAUGAGCCCUAUUGAAGCAGAUGACUUACGGUUGUCAGAAAAUGAAAACGAGCGACCAUAUAAAAUCGAUUCUUCUGUUUGCAGUGAAUCAUCACAAGGGAGUCGACGGUGCAGUCGUAGUAGAGAUGACGAAAACAGAUUUGUUUAUGGUCGAUAUCGACAUCCAACAAGGCGAAGUCCUUUUAAUUCCCACCAACAUCCUCAUGCUGUUCAUGAUGACGAAGGAAUUUAUGAAUCUGCAGACUUAGAAAGAGAUCCUAAUGCUCGACCUGAAACUCCUGAUAGUGAGAGCUCCACCACUGUAAGCCCAGUUGAUGAUUGA